AACCAGGACGAAACUCCAACCGUUCUGGCCCGUAGAGGCUAUUCGUCUUUGACAUCUUCUACUUUCGAAGAAGCCCAUUUACUGGGCGGAUGUUUGGCCUCCCCCUUUUGCCACCUGUUUAUCACGGAAAAUGAUGGUAGAUCUCCGUGCUCCCCUCCUGCUCCUCUACGUUGUGUCAUGCUGUUUGGCAAAUGAACAACUUAGUGGCUGUAAGAAAGCUAUCUCGGAUGAUGACCUGACAAACAGAGUGACGAAGAAAGCUGGCCUGCAGUCCGUGGAAGAUUUGAUCACAAGAUCCAAAGCUCUGAAGCCGGGUGACCCAUGUUCCUCUUUCACUUUCCCCAACUUCAACAUCAACGUCAAAGAAUUUGAACAUCAUGCCAGGUUGGUGGCGAGAAAUGGCCAGAUCAUGUCUGAUCUGCUUAGCAGUAUCCCGUCGAGCACUGUUGGAAAUUUCAAGCCAGUCACUGGGAGGAACGCUCUAGCCGAUUUGCUGAAUGGGACGUGUGCGACAGAAGCAAACCCCUACGACGGGGGAAAUCCGGCACUCGGUAGCCUUACUUUAUCCACUCUGGUGUCCAGCAAGGAGUUGUUUGCGGCUGGAUCGUGUAUGGGUCAUCAGACAGGUGGUCUUGCUGUCUGCCAAUAUCGGUUCAGGACUGGAACGAAGGUGGAGAACACAGCCCUCGACUUUGGCCGAUUUCCUGUGGUGGGAGAGAAGUGGUUCACGAUUCCCCAAGAGAACCUUGAGGCAGUGAACCGUACGUGGGUUGAAACAGGAUCACUACAUGGCUCACCAAUUCCUGCUUCUGUGGAAAAAACCACUCUGGGCUCUCGUUCCACCAGUCGAGUAGCUGUAGGCUACUCCGAGAGGUUGUGGACGAAUCCAUACUAUGACUGCUUCCUUGGUUUCAUUUGGAUGAUCACGUAUUCAACGCCUAUAUUUCAUGUAACAGAUAACAACCAACUGCAGUAUGCUGGCAUGACAGCAGUUGAUAUCAACCUUUCGGAUAUUGACGUUGAUGAAUGCUCACCCAAUGCUAAUGACCGACACUCAGCCUUCGAUGCAUUCCGUAACACUCACCUUUGCGAGCCCAUGUCGACAGCGUGCAAGCACAUCCCUGACCUGGGCUUUUCGUUCGGCUCCUACAAGUGCCAGUGUCGCAAAGGAUUCUACCGUCAGGACGCUACUGGUGGCGCCUUGAAAACCUCUGAGCAGUUCUACACUGGCACGGACAUCGAGGCGGCCACCGCUGUGCUGCGCAACGGAACAGCAUGCGGCUGCGACAACCCAGAGCAGUGUGCGGCGGACACGCGGGUCAUUCGGGCCCUGCUCGAGGACCGGUUCUCGUGCAAACGCUGCCCCGAGGGCUGCGACGAGUGCGUGACUGGGCACGAGGUGUGCACCGUCGAGAACGACGCCGGCCUGGUGGCCGGCUUGUCGGCCGUCAACAUUCUCGCCAUCAUCCUCUUCAUUGUCCUCGUCGUGAUUGUCGUCAUGCACCGGGAAACGCGCAUCGUCCGAUCGGCCAGCUGGCCAUUCCUGAUCACCACGCUGCUUGGAGCCAUAUUUGCACUGGCCGGCAUCAUGCUAGGAGCGUUUGCCGGCGGCUUCGUCGACAUCAAGGUGUCCAAAAUCGGAUGUUCAAUCUCAGUGUGGCUGGCGUAUCUCGGCUUUGCUCUGACCUACGGCAGUAUCCUGGUUAAGACCUGGCGGCUGCAUCAGAUCUUCUCCACGCGUCGUUUCCGUGGCAAGGGACGCAACCGUCUGAGCAACACUGACCUGGCCUACAUGCUGGCGGGCAUUGUCUUCGCGUUCGUCGUGCUGCUUCUCUUCUGGACCAUCGGCAUCCCGCCGGAGCCGCAAGGGUUCGAAACUUCCUCCAAGCUCAAGUACCAGCUGUGUUCGCGGUCAUUCGUCGACGACGUCAUGGAAGCCAUCACUCUCCUGUUCCUGUGCCCCGUGGUGUACUUGAGCUUCCAGCUACGCAACAUCACCGACGAUUUCUCCGAGACGAAGGAGAUCCACCUGUCCAUCUACAUCUAUCUAGUGGUCAAGAUCAUCACUCUGGUCACCACGCACCUGUUUGCGCUGACGCCGGACCUCAACUACCUGCUCAACGUGCUCGGCGUGCACUUCUCCUUCACGCUGCUCAUCGUCAUCUUCUUCAUCCGAAAGGUGAUCAAGCUGGCAGCGGGACGCGGCGACGAACAGAUCGCCAGCGCUUUCAUUCUGAACAAGAAGAAGACCUCUGGUAGCGGCACCAAGGCCAUGUCUGUCAUAUCGCUGGAUGACGCGCAUCGCCGCAUGAGCACGGGUUCGCUGGAGGGCGGCAACGGCCUGGCGUCCGCCAGUCGCAAGAGCGUCGGCAACAUCUCGCUGAUCGAGACCGUGACGGUGAACUACCUGCCGCCGGUCAACGAGGAGGACAAGACCGGCAGUGGUCUGGGAGCACCCGUUGUGCUGACCAUGCUGACGCCACUUCCUAACGAUGGCGGCAUGUCCGGUGUAGAGAGCGGCCUGAGUAUUGCAGUGCCCGCGAGCAAAGCUGUCAGCCUCUCCACACUUGACUCCUGUGUCUCUUCCGAAAUGAACAACACGGUCACCGUCGAUCUCAGCAGCGACGCCGAGAACCACAAAGCGACCGUAUAGGGUCUGUAAUCGUCGGCCUCUUCUGCCCGCCCGUAAGACUUUAUGUCCGUUGCCUUGUCCAUACGGAACACAUGCUGACGUGUCUGUCUGUUGCAUCACCAUGCCAGCUUGCAGCAUUUGCCAACGUCCUCUUAGUGAGCGAUCACACAUUUCCACCUUGUUUGACAGUGCUUCCUGACAACUGGCUACCGGUCCUUCGACUUGAUAUCUUUGCUGUCUAUGUUUGGUAGCUGAUGAUCCCUAACAAAUUCAAAUAUAUUUAGAACUGGCUUGUCUUCAUGUCCGUAUAGCUGAUUACCGGAGUUGUCUUUUUCUAAACUUCUUUUCUUUGUCGGUAGAUCCAACGAGUCUGUCUCAUUCUUUCUUCUUUUUUCACUAUUGGAGCGUUCCUCCACCUGCUUUCUCUCUCUCUCUCUCUCUCUCUCUCUCUCUCUCUCUCUCUCUCUCUCUCUCUCUCUCUCUCUCUCUCUCUCUCUCUCUCUCUGUUCUGGAGUUGUGUGGGCAAUUCCUACGAAUUAAACUCUGUCGACACAAGUGUCUUUUUAGGUGGCAUUAAUUUUUUUACCAAGGCUUGCUUACCUGAUGUAACAGAUAUGUUUCACACGUACACAUAUUUGUAGCUGUAGCAUCGACGGAAUAUUUUCCCUCCCCUGACUUCCCCACGCUGUUCCAUUGCAUUCAUUUGCGAAAUUUCGAAUAGUUCACACUGCUUUCUUACGGGGGGGGGGGGGGGGGCAUUGCAUCACCUCAUCUUGCCUGUCGUCAUUGCAGGCUUGCUUUUUAAAACAUUCUCAUCUCCAGCAAUUUGUUAGGCGGAUAUCUUUCUUAUUUCACCACCCUGCAUCAUAGCUUUAUCUCCCAUCCGGACCUGUGUCUGAUUGCGGUAUAUAAAUUUACCUUGGUGCUUUCCUUACUUCCUUCCUCGUGUGUCUUUCCCAUUUGAUGUCUACUGACAUUCUCAUUCAUCAAAGUCGCAGCGCUGAUGAGACCUCUAGAAUCACAUGCAUAGCAUAGCAUAUGUAGCGACGACAACAGACCUUCUCAUAGUGACCAGUCUUGUCAUGCAUGCUGUGGACAACUAUCGUCUGCUGGCAGACUGCUCUGCCACUUGAAGCUCAAUGUGAUCAGAUUGCUGCCGGAAAUUGUUUGGUGAUGUCCAUUGCCUGCAUGAGUAUGAUGCAGUGCAGAGAGUAUAUCAUGUUGGGGUCCGGCCGCCCGGUUUGUGUCAACCACAAGGAAUAUUAAAUUAUCUAUUGUUGUUUGUUGCUGUUGUGUAUCACUCCAUCCAUGCUAGAACUCCAACGCUCUCAUCUGAAUGUGCCCAUCUUUUAUUUUAAAGGAAUGUGUCAUUCAGAUUAGUCCACCGCCUCGACAAAUGAAAACUGCAAAAGAGGGAGAUACGUGUACACAGACUUGCUUUUUAGGGAUUAAAGUUUGAACACAUGCUUGGGCUUGUCCUGUAAUGGAAUUGCAUGACUUGCAGUUCAUUAUAAAGUAAUCAAUCUUCUCCUUCGAUCUUGUUCAAAUAAUUCUCUAAAUGUACUGAUGUUUUGACAUCAUAGUUUUUCGAAAGAUUCAAAUAAUUUAGUUAUCAUAUGUUGACUCGCUUUGAAUCGCUGAUCAGAGCAUGAUCAUGUGAUCUG